CCCUCUUCUUUCUUCUCUCCCCAUCCUUUUCAUCCUCCCUCGCCCUCCUCUGCCUUCACUCCUCUCUUUUCUGCCUAUUCCCUCUUCCUCGAAGGCUGUCUCUUGUAUCCUUCGGGAUCUAUUCUCCAUCCUCGUUUCUUACUUCUGUCUGUCCCGUUCAGACCCUCCCGUCUCCCUUCUCUAAGCAACAAUAACAACAACCCCUUCGUUCAUCAUGUCUUCCUACGGCGGUGGCGGUGGCUACCAGCGCGAUUCUUACCGCUCCAGAAACGGUGGUGGCGGUGGUGGUUACUCUAACGGAGGUGGUGGUGGUGGCUACAGCGGUGGUGGUGGCUAUGGCGGCGGUGGUGGUGGUUACGGCGGCGGCGGUGGUGGCUACGGCGGCGGUGGCUACGGAGGUGGUGGUGGCUACGGCGGUGGUGGUGCCGGCGGAGACCGCAUGUCCAACCUCGGCGCUGGCCUGAAGAAGCAGGAAUGGGAUCUCGAGGCCCUCCCCAAGUUCGAGAAGUCUUUCUACAAGGAACACCCCGAUGUUGCCGCUCGCUCUGACCGCGAGGUCGAGGAGUUCCGCAAGUCACACACCAUGGCUGUCCAGGGAAGGAACGUUCCCCGUCCCGUCGAGACCUUCGAUGAGGCUGGCUUCCCCCAGUACGUCCUCGGUGAGGUCAAGGCUCAGGGCUUCGAGCGUCCCACCUCCAUUCAGUCCCAGGGUUGGCCCAUGGCCCUCUCCGGUCGCGACGUCGUCGGUAUUGCCGAGACCGGUUCCGGAAAGACCCUGACUUACUGUCUCCCCGCCAUUGUUCACAUCAACGCUCAGCCCCUCCUCGCCCCCGGUGACGGUCCCAUUGUCCUCAUCCUCGCCCCCACUCGUGAGUUGGCUGUUCAGAUCCAGGCCGAAAUCUCCAAGUUCGGCAAGUCCUCUCGUAUUCGCAACACUUGCGUCUACGGUGGUGUCCCCAAGGGCCCUCAGAUUCGUGACCUGAGCCGUGGUGUGGAAGUCUGCAUUGCGACCCCCGGUCGUCUGAUUGACAUGCUGGAGGCUGGUCGUACCAACCUUCGUCGUGUCACCUACCUGGUUCUGGACGAGGCUGAUCGCAUGCUGGACAUGGGUUUCGAGCCUCAGAUUCGCAAGAUCAUCUCCCAGAUUCGCCCCGACCGUCAGACUUGCAUGUGGUCCGCCACCUGGCCCAAGGAGGUCCGUCAGCUUGCCUCUGACUUCCUCAACGACUACAUCCAGGUCAACAUCGGUUCCAUGGAUCUGUCCGCCAACCACCGUAUCACCCAGAUUGUCGAGGUCGUCUCGGAAUUCGAGAAGCGUGACCGCAUGAUCAAGCACCUCGAGAAGAUCAUGGAGAGCCGCACCAACAAGUGUCUUAUCUUCACCGGUACCAAGCGUAUUGCCGACGAAAUCACUCGUUUCCUCCGCCAGGACGGAUGGCCCGCUCUUUCGAUUCACGGCGACAAGCAGCAGCAGGAGAGAGAUUGGGUCUUGAACGAAUUCAAGACGGGCAAGAGCCCAGUCAUGGUGGCUACCGAUGUGGCUUCCCGUGGUAUCGAUGUGCGCGACAUCACACACGUUAUCAACUAUGACUACCCUAACAACUCGGAGGACUAUGUUCACCGUAUUGGUCGUACUGGUCGUGCCGGUCAAACGGGAACCGCCAUCACCCUCUUCACCACUGACAACUCCAAGCAGGCCCGUGACUUGGUCACCAUCCUCACUGAGGCCAAGCAGCAGAUUGACCCCCGUCUCGCCGAGAUGGUCCGCUACAGCGGUGGCGGUGGCCACGGUGGCUACGGCCGCUGGGGUGGCCGCGGCCGUGGCGGUGGUCGCGGUGGUGGCCGUGGCGGUCAAUACACUGCUUCCAACGCGGCUCCUCUCGGAAACAACCGUCGCUGGUAAACUGACCAUGCCUGACGCCCAGUCCAGUCACUGAGCUUGUAUUCCACUUGUCACCACGGUAGACCUCUUCCUUUCCUUUGAUUUGCAGCUAUCUUCGUAACGGUACCGGCGGCGUUUCAUCGAUAUCACGAUAGACUUUUCACGUGUUUUGCUCAAUUUCCAGCAGGCUUCCCCGGCAUGGGAGGACCACCAAAGCCAUACGAUUGCACACUGAUAUUUCAUGGAUACACGUUAAUUUUUUCCUUUAUUUCCUUCUUUUUUGCCGUGUUGCUCUCAAAAAGUUCUGUAUCACCUGGCUUAUUCGACGACGGAUGGGUCUAGAUAGUGUGUAGCUUCAGUCUUGCAUGCCGAUAAUUGGAGAAAAUGUACCUAUCUGAUUCUGUUUUCCAAGCUUGUCUCUCUCUCUCUCUC